AUGGCGUUGUUCUAUUUUUCCCCCUUUUCUAUUUUCUCUCUCUCCCUAUUAGGGCUCCACUUUUCUGCUUGCAUCCUUCUGCCCGUCAAUCUGCACACUCUCAGACCAGUGAAACCUCCAAUCCUGGUCUUCGAUGGUGGUCGCGUCACCUUGAGCAGAACCAGCAACUUACCUUCGAUUCUGUUUAUCUCGCUCCUCCUCGAUCGGAUUAGACUAUUCGAGAUAUUUUCUGGUGUUCGCUCGUAUUCAUUGGGUUCUUAG